AUGUCAGGCAGCCCCGCAAUGAAAUUAGUCCAAAGCCUAGUAGAAAGGAGAGGAAUACUUAUGUUUUCUAAAACCUAUUGCGGUUUUUGUACAAAGGUCAAGAGGAUCUUUCAAAACAUUGGCGUGCAUGAUGCGGAAAUUCUAGAAUUAGACGAGCGAGAUGAUGGAGACGAAAUUCAAAGCGCUCUAUUGCAAUUAACAAAACAGCGGACGGUGCCUAAUAUCUUCAUUGGUGGAAAACACAUCGGUGGUUGUUCCGAUAUUGAGAAGAUGCAUGCAAAUGGCAAGUUGAUUUCGUUAAUUCAAGCUGCUAGAAGUUAA